AACAGUUCGAAACGUGAAACGCGCGCUGCUUAAUUUUAACGGAACAGAAAGAAAGAGAGAGAGAGCGUGAGCGAGAAGCAGUGCGAAGAGAGCAACAAACAACAAGACGUGGGUGCUAAACGCGCGCGCGCAACUGAAAAAUUCACGAAAUUUCAUGAAAAUAUUUUAGUCAAGUGUGUGCGUGUGUGUGUAUUUGUGUGCGUCUGUGUGUUGGUGUUUGAAAACGACAACAAAAAGCAAGUGCAAAAGAAAAAUUCAAAACAGCUAACAAGUUUUUUUUUUCUGCGCACAGAAUACAACGACAACGACGAAAUUUAAAGUAAACAACGGCAAAAAGCUGUUGUUAUUGUUUUUGGCAGAGCUUUAAAGCGGGUCAAAUGCAUAAAUGAAAAAAUAAAACGUGUACGAAACGAAACGAAAUUGAAAUCAAAUGCAAUAAAUUCAAGUGAAAUGUGGCACAAUUAACACACACGCCUUCAUUUAGUUAAACCAAAGUUUGAAGUUUAUAAUACAAAAAAUAUCACGAGACGCGCGCGAAGCAUGGAAAUGCAAUUACGAAACGCCGCAAAUAGUGUAGCCAGUGUUGCCAAAUGGCCAAAAAGUAGCCGAAGCCAAUGUUGAAAACAGCUAAAUCAGUUUUAAAUAACAACUGCUUACGGCUAACACCCGAUGAAAGUAGCCAAAGUUAGCUAGAAACUAGCUAAAUUGGCAACGCCGCGCGCAGCUAAGGCCUGUUGCCAUCCCGCUCGCUCCCGCGCACAGACUAGCGCGAAAGCUCGGCGUAGUAUUUAAACAAAACAACAAACGAAAAAAAGAGGUGGAAAAAAUAGGCUAAAGUUCUAAUCACAGCCCCGGAACCCGAAAUGCUACUGCACUUGGCGGCAUUGUUUUGAACACCUUUUGCGCAUCCACAAAUGGCCGCUAAACAACAGCAAGGCGUACGAUUUCCCAAGGCAGCAGCACAGAUAAGUCGCCAGCAAGACUUGAAUUAUUGCACGCAACUGCAGCAGCAGCAGCAGCAGGAGGAAGAGGAAGAAGAAGCAGCAGUCACUGCAACUGCAACUGCAACUGCAACUGCAACGGCAACCGCAAGACGCACAUAUUGCAACGCAGCUUCGGCUACAAACAAUUGUGGAAAAGUGUGCAAACGAACAAUAGAAACUAGAUAGAAAAUCAGCAAAAGCGGCAACAAAACAGAGCAACUACCAACGGGCAACCUAUAUAUAAACUACUCUGUUUUUUUUUUUGGUAUAUGCUUCGGUUACGAUGUCGUUGAUGAAAAUUCAUCGAAGCAAUGAAUCAUUUUGGCGUUGCGGAUCGUUCAUGUUGCUGCUGUCAUUGUUGUUGCUGCUGGCAGAGGCUGCCGCGACUGUCGCCAGCGAAUCGCAAACGAGUGCAACAAAUGCUGCAAUUAGACAGCAGCAGCAGCAGCAGCAGGGGACAGACACUGCAACAGCAACUUCGACGGCAACUGCUGUCAGCGAAAGCCAAAUGCCAGGCAAUUCGGCUGAAAUUUUGAGCGCCAGCGAUGUGGACGCGGUUGCCGAGAAGCCCACAACGUACCGGCCCGCCGCGGCUGGGGGGGGUCGCCCUUCGCUGGCGCCACUUAACUCGGCGCUGGAGCGGGAUCGCAAGCUGAGGAAUGUGUUGGCCGCUCGCCGCACCGCACUGCAACGCGGUGGCUUUCGCACGCGGAUCGGCACCACCGGACGCAGCGCCAUCUCGCCGGCGGCUGCGGCUGCCGUGGAGAGCACCUCGAAGUCGCCGAGCGAUCCGCGUUCCGUGUGCAUACGCAACUGCACCAAGAACUUCACGCGCCGCACCACCGCCAGCUGCAUGCGACAGUGCGCCAAUUUUACGCGCAUGGCCAUGGCGGGCACCGCCAAUAACAGCUCUUCGGUGGUGCUGCGGGCGCCCAGCAAGGCGGCCAGCACGGGCACGGGCACGGGUGAGCGCGACACCAACGAGAUACUCUUCAGCGAUGAGUCCUCGCAUGGGCUCUUUGUGGUGGCCAAGGAGCAGAACGAUACGCUCAACCACAUAGCUGAUGCUGUCAAAUUGCCGGCGGCGGGCAAGCAGCAGCAGCAGCGUGGGCGUGGCAAGCCCAUGCUGGCCGCACUGGAGCAGCAGGACGAUGUCGCAGACGAGGCGGACGUGGAUGAGGAUGAGGCCGAGCUGCAGCCCUAUCUAUACUUUGGCGCCAAGCUGCCGCCCAUCAAGCCCGGCGCAUUGACCAUCACACCAGCCGAGGGCGACGAUCAGCAUCCGCGCGUGCUCGAGGUCUCCGUCAGCCAGACCAGCAGCACCACCAGCCCCGCCAGCACCACCGUACAGCCGACGGCCAAAUCCACCGUCUCCACGCGUCGCCCCCUGACCGCCGUGGAGCGCAGCCGCAGUCGUUACAAGUAUCAUAUGCGCGAACGCGGCGUGGCGCCCACUGCACCACUGACCCCACCAGCUGCACCACCACCAGCAGCUAUCAGUCGCACGCGCUACGUGGGCUCGGGCCGACCCACAGCGGGUCUCGCGGAGAGCUCGGUGGAGCAAAAGCCCGUCGAGCCAGCUGAGCCCGAGCUGCUGCCAAAGCCUGUGCUGGUGCGUCGAGUGGCUGCCAAACCACAGACAUCCUCGACACCACUCAUUAUCACCGUGCUGAGCGCCGAGGAGGAGACAACGGUGGCGGCCGAGCCAAGCACAAGCAGCAGCACCACCACGACAGAGCCACCCAGCACCACGAGAAAGCCAGCUACAACAACGAGCACCACAACAACGAGCACCACGACAAGCAGCACAACAACGAGCAGCACCACGACAAGCACCACCACAACGACAACACCUGCCCCAACGACAAGCACGAGCACCACAACAACCACCACAACAACCCUUCGGCCCAGCACCACAAUUGCAGCCCCAACCACUACAAGCACCACAAGCACACUGUCAGCCAAGACAAAGACCAUCAUCGAGGAGGAUACGGAACGUUUGCGCGCCUUGGGUCCCUCUCUGACGCAGGAGAUCAAUAUCGAGGAUCAGAAUAAUCUGAUAAUAUUCUGCAACAGCACCGCCAACUGUGCGGCGACACCGCGCACACCGCCACAGCUCGCGGCCACCACCGACUCGAGUUCGGGCUCGAAAAUAUUGCGCACCACGGUGCUGACAUCCGUACGUUCCACGGUGAAUCCGCGCACCACCAGCCCAGCGCCACCAGCGCCCAACAUCUUCAUAGGCAUUGUGGAGUCCUCCUCCUCCUCGCUGCCAUCCGACGUAAGCUCUACGGCAAUUGCGGAGGAGCGUGAUGUCGGCCUCGAGAUGAGGCGCAUGAAUUUGGUCACACUGGUUUUGGUCGCUGUGGGCGUGGUUCCAUUGGUGGCCAUUGUUUUAUAUUUGGUGCGCAACUAUGUGGUGCGGCGCCAGGCCAAGCAGGACGAUGUCUUCGAUGUGUGCAUCACAGAUCAGCAGCCCAUUAGCCCCGUCAAAAAGAUCGACUCCAAGUACCAGCUGGAGCCCGACGACGAUGAAGUCGACCAUCAUCAGCAGCAGCUGCAGCAGGCCAUGCCCAUGUCCAACUCGCAGCAGCAGCAGCAACAAAGUCCGCGCGACUCCAACCACAAUCGCUACGAUGACAAAACAUCCUUGGCCAGCGAGUAUCAGGAGUUCGAGCGCACCAACAUCCGACUAAAGAGUCUGCUCGGCGAGGGCAACUUCGGCCAGGUGUGGAAGGCCGAGGCGGACGAUCUGAGCGGCCAUUUCGGUGCCACGCGCAUUGUCGCCGUCAAGACAAUACGCGCCUGCAGCGCCCAGGUCAGCCUCAAGGAUGAGGCCAACAUUAUGCGCAAGCUGGGCUCCCAUCAGAAUGUGGUCACACUGCUCGGCGCCUGCGUCGAGAGCGAGCCGCACAUGCUGAUCAUGGAGUACGCGAUGCGCGGACGUGUGCUGUCGCUGCUGCGGGCCGCACGCAGCGCGACGAAUAUUCUGCCCGCCUCGGUGCCGGGCGGACGCAGCCUGGCGCCGCUCUCGCCACGCACCCUGGCGGGCUUUGCGCUGGACAUUGCCUGCGGCAUGGAGUACAUAGCCGGGCACAGGAUUGUCCAUCGGGAUCUGGCGGCGAGGAAUGUGCUGCUGGAUCACAAUGGCAUGUGCAAGAUCUGUGAUUUUGGCAUGUCCAUUGAUCUGGAUGCGGAGCGCAUGCGCAAGGAGCAGGAGAAGAAUGCGGCCAACGAUAUAAUGCGCAGCAAUGCGCAAAAGUUUAAGUUCGACUUUGGCAGUCGCUAUAUUUUGCAACAUUGGCAGCACACCUUUGGCCAGGGCCAGGGCCAGGGCGGCGGCGGCUGCUCCAAGGAUCAGGCGGAGAAGAAGCAUCAUGGCCAUGAUACAAUUGGCAAGCGGCAUGCCCUGCCCAUACGCUGGAUGGCGCCGGAGAGUCUACAGUUUCACAUGUUCACCACCGAAACGGACAUUUGGGCCUUUGGCAUCGUCCUCUGGGAGAUUGCCACGCUGGGCUCCACGCCGUACUCUCAUCUGACGGGCCGCGAGGUCAUACGCCGUGUGCCGCAGGGCCUGCGACCCGAGCUGCCCAAGGAGAGCCGGCACGAGUUCUACAAUCUGAUGUCGCGCUGCUGGCACAAGGAGCCGCAGCUGCGGCCCACGUUCGCACAGUCGCGUCUGGAGAUCACACGAUCGCUGCACAAGUGGGUCGAUGAUGAUUCCGCCGCCUCGGACUAUAUGGACGUGAGCGGCUUUAGCGAGGAUCUCGAACAUGGCGUUGUCUACUUCAACCACCGCAUCUCGGAGUUUGAGUGCGAAAUAUGACGUUGACUGAAUCACCCCAUCCACCAAUCCACCAUCAACAACCACCUGCACACUAGGGCCCGGCAUCGGUUAAUUCAUUUGCCUCAAACUCGGGUACUCAAUUGUUUUAAACGAAAACCGACAAACUCGAGCCUACGAUUAUCGAGCUAAACGAGUAACCAAACAAAGUUCGAGCUGCUCGAGCAGCUACAACAUGUUCGAGCUAACGGUCUGAUAUCAUACAUGUAUGAUCGAUUAGCUCGAACGAGUUUGCAGCGAGUUAGAUUAGUUCUUUUGAAACGAAUCUUCGGUCGAGUAGACCUUUUCAAUUUUUUGUUUGCAGCUUGGGCUUGUUUUCAGCUUGAGAAUAAUUGUUCGAGUAUUCGAAACUUGUUUCAGCUGAUUCGAUGCAGGGUUCUGUUGCACUCCAUCAUCUCGUCGCCAUUGCCCACCAACUAAUGUGUACAUCAGGCUCAUCCGCACACACACAUAUUUCCUGUACCAUUUCAAAAUUCGCGUGCUUGUCGAGCAGUAUUAUUUGUAUCUUAUAUCUGUAUCUUUGCCUCUUAGUUUCGUGACGUUUUCGGUUGAGAACCUCUCAAUCUUUUGUAUAUAUUGUAUGCGUUGCACAUGAUUUAUUUUAUGAUUUUAUUAUUUAGGCCCUAUGUUUAAUUAAUGGCGCUACUUGUGCUUAGUUGAUAUUAGUCACUUAGUUCUUCUAGUCUAUAUCUAAAAUUCAUUUCCCCAAGUUGAGCCGCCCAACGUAAUCCGUAGCCUUAGUCGAGUUGACUGCACCGCAAUAUAUGUAUGGCACAGAGUUUAGUUUUGAAAUUUAUUCUUCUCAACAUAGGACUUAAUAUUAUUGUUAUCGACAUAGAUAUAUAUAAUUGUACAAAUAAAUUAAUUAAACACGAAAUAUAAUAAUUAUAUUUACACCAAUUGAGAAA